GGUUGAGGAUUCGCAGAGAAAGAAGUGUGAGGAAGCGGAAUUGUUGCCCUGGUUACUGUGUAACACUCUAUUGGGCCUGCUGCUCCGGGCGUAUUAUUCGGGGCUGUUACUUCUUGUACGGAGGGUGAUAGUGUCCCUCGCACCUGGGAUAGCGAUUUUCUGGUUAUGUGGAAGAUAAUAGGAGUGUCCUAAAAUGGGUGAUAUUUUGGCUUAUGAAGCAGACCUGCUUGGAUUAGUGAAAGAGUUUCUUAACUAUGAGGAAUUCUGUGAGACCCUGAAAAGCUUUGUAAAGGAGUGUAAAGUUAAAGGAAAACCUCUCCCGAGAAGUGAAGGAUCUGCCACAAGAGACUCUAAGACUUUACUUAUACAGAAAGAUCUCCUCCAUGCUUUUGAAGAUGGGGACAGGAAAGCUUUUUUUGAACAGUGGGAGGAGCAUGUCCCUCAGGAGAUGCGCAGCAGUGACCCCCUGGCGCAGAAGUUGGAGUUUUACCUGCAUAUUCACUUUGCCAUUUUCCCCUUAAAGCAUACUGUUGGCCGGAUUGACCGAGCUGACUGUGAUGAGAGGAUUUCUCACUUCAAAACGUACUUGGAAACCAGCGGAGCAGCACUGAGUCAGACUACAGAAUUCCUUCCAUUUUAUGCCCUUCCCUUUGUUCCUAAUCCAGCUGCCCAUCCAUCUUUCAAAGAGCUUUUUCAGGAUUCAUGGGCUCCUGAGCUGAAAUUGAGAUUGGAAAAGUUCUUGUCGUUGACCCUGAAAGCUGGAACCACCCCCCGUCUUCUUACAUUAUAUAAAGAGAGCGCCCACUACAACAGAGACCUGCAACUGCAGCAGCAGUUGGUGGAAGCUGAGCAUAAAGCCAUCACCUAUAUGAAGCGCUUUAAUAAGAUGCAGACUGAUUACCAUAAACUGAUUGGCGUCACUGCUGAGCUUGUAGACUCUUUGGAGGCAACAAUCAAUGGAACGCUGAUAACGCCUGAAUAUCUGCAGAGUGUAUGUACACGGCUAUUUAAUAGCCAGAUGAGACAAAGUGCUGUUCAGAGUAUCGACUUCACCAGACCUGGAACUCAGGGUUGGCAUUGUGUGGGCCCCUGUCAUGGCGCAGAUGCUUCUUCUAUGCUGAGAGCGUCUAUUAUACCCAUAAAACCACAGGAGGUGCCAUUGUUGCCCUCUCUAGACUACGAGAAGCUGAAAAAAGACUUGGUAUAUGGUAAUGAUCGUUUGAAAGCAUUGAUCCUGCAAGCCUUGCGCUGGCGCUUUACUUGUUCCCAGCCCGGGGAACAGAGAGACACCGUUCUUCAGGCUUAUAUAACAAAUGAUCUUUUAGACUACCAGAAUGGGAAGAAUAGAAAUGUUUUGCAGCUACUCCAUUCCAAAAAUGAGGUAGUGAGACAAUACACUGCCCGCCUCAUCAAUGCUUUUGCAUCAUUAGCUGACGGCCGUGCAUAUCUUAGCCAGAGCCCUAAUUUGCUACGCUCACUAGAGGAAACCCUGCGGGCAGAAGAGCAAGAUUCCAUUACCAGGGAGAAUAUAUUGGGCUCUCUGCAAAAACUUAGUCUCGGGCGCUCUAUGCAGUCAGCCAUGAUAAAGGAUGGUCUGAUCUACUGGCUCAUACAAGAAUUGGAGGACACGGAACAUCUUUCUGACUACACUGUGGAGUACUCUGUAGCACUGCUCAUGAACCUCUGCUUACGCAGUGCAGGAAAGAAAACUUGUGCAAAAGCCGCAGGCCGUGUUCUCAAAGUGCUGUCUGACUUACUUGGCCAUGAGAACCAUGAGAUUCGUCCUUAUGUCAAUGGAGCACUUUAUAGCAUCCUAGCUAUUACAUCCAUACGAGAACAAGCCAGAGCCAUGGGGAUGCAGGAGAUUCUGAGAUGUUUUAUUAAUGAAGGCAACACAGACAUGAAUCGGCAGAUUGAAUUCAUCAUAAGGCAGCUCAACUCAGAGGAAAAAUUUGAUGAAGCUGCGGAAUCUGAGGAUGAGGAAGAAGUGGAAGAUGAUGAGGAAGAACAAGAUGUCCUGGAAGCUGAUCUAGAUAAGGAUGAAGUUAUUCAACCACAACCUGGAGAACUGACUGGAGAAAAGCUUCUGACCACAGAGUACCUUGGGAUCAUGACCCAUACACUGAAAGUGAAGAAGAGAAUGUUUCCAGGUGUACUACAGAGUGUGGAUGAACCACUGCAGAGGCCUGUAACCCCUGGCACUCAUCGGGCUGUUUAUACAAUGCCAGAAAACACAGUCUCACCAUCGGUUCCUUCAAGCUCUUUCAGAAUUUUACAAAUGUCCUCAAGACCACCCACACGUAGUGGAAGCCGCCCUGUUACUCCUGAAUACUGUGCAUCAUCAACAUCCAUUGACACAGAGGCAUCCCAGCUUUUUUCAUCGCCCAGUCGGUCAGAGCAGCGUGGGCACAUAUCUCCUUCUUCGCCUCGAAUUCUAGAUCUUGGUAUGGAGAAGAGCAAUGGGCACAGUAACAGCAGAACCUGGCACCCACGCAGUCCUGAAGUGCAGAGUACCAGCCCCCGCAAGGCCAAGACUCCUACAAUAGCUCCUCAGUUUUCCCAGUCUGGACCACAGCAAACCAGUCGCCCCAGUUCAGCUGGAUCCUCCACCCGAAGCAGACAGAGCAGCCAGUCUUACAGAAAGUGAACAGAUCUGCUGUAGGAACAUCAGUGAGUUACGUGUUACCUUGGUCUACAUGGUCAUUGGAGUAAUCCCUCCUGGAACCUGUCUGCCAGAGGAAAUGGUUCUGCAUACCACAGUUUGCAGGUGCUUAUUGCAAAAGAACAUUUUGUUAGCAGAGUGCUUUACAGUGAUUUAUGCUAAUCCGUAUUCAUAUAUUGGACCAGGGAUUACACCUAAUUCCAUUUAUUUAUUGAUGACUCAAAACUUUAGUGUGCACGUAGCUAAUAAAUGGAGAGCACUGCAAAUCGUAAUAAAUGCAAUGUUUGGUCCAAUCUGGGGUUCACCUUUUAAGCUCAUCAUCAGAUCUAUUGUUUUGGUUUAUUUAUUUAUUUAUAUAAAGUGUUGCUGUAAAAUGUAAUAACUUGAUUACAAAUCAACUUUGUAUAAAGUUUGUUUUAAUUUUGUAUUAAAAUAUACUUGGAUCUUUUCACUGUUA